GCAUCUCGAAAAGCCGGGAAAGGGGGCCGAGCAAAGGGCGAAAGAGAGUGGAGAAAGGAGAAAGCGGGCAGGCUCGGAGCGCGCGGGGCCGAGGCUCGGCGAGCCGCAGGAGCGUUGCUAAUGUUUUUGUUUGUUUGCUUUUCCAUGCAUGCAUAAUGAGGGGGCACCGCGGCACCACGCGGGGGCUCCCGGCCCACUUUUGUAUUUAAAGCCUCGCUGCUAACGAGUCUGCAGCCGGGCUCAGCGGAUCCGCUCCCCGGGCUCCUGGUCACCCGAGAAGCCGCCGCCGAGUGAAGCCAGGGAGCCGCUCUCCGGCAGCGCCGACUUUCUUGUUCUCCCCGCGCCUCCCGGAAAGAGCUCCCUGGUGCUCGGCGGAGGCCGUGGUUGCCGCGGGCGAAGGGGGAGGGGACGCGGGGCGGCCGGGCCGCGGGAAGGCGGGCAGCGCGCGGACGCCGAGCCAGGAAGCGGCGCGAUGCAAGAGACCGCGGCAGCAGUGACGGCUGCGCGGCGCUGAGCCCGGGAGGAAGGAGCGCCGCGGCCACAGCGCGAGCAGCCGGCGCGGGGACAGCCGGCCGCACAACGGAUCUGCAGGCGCGGAGCAAAAUGCACCCGCCGCGCCGCGCGGUCCUGCAGCCCCGCUACGGCCCCGCGGCCCGCACCCCCCCGGGGCGACAGUGAGCCUCUCCCACCACCAUCAGGGGCCGAGCGGAGGGCUCUCGGGUGGGAGAGCGGGACCAGAUCUCGGCAGCUGUUCAUUUCCAGGAAGUUACCGCAGCCGGAGCGAAAGGGGACCUUCUGCCACCAGCGGGGCAUCAGCCAGCGGCGCGCAUGGAUUUAUGAAGACACUCAUGCAAGAAGUGGGCAGGACUUGGACAAACUUUUCCACCGGCUCCGCGUCCGCCGCUCCUCGCGCCUCGUCUCCUUUCCCCUCCUCUGCCGGCGGCCGCCGCUGCCCGCGAUGGUGGCCGCGCUGCUGGGCGGCGGCGGCGAGGCCCGCGGGGGGACCGUGCCGGGCGCCUGGUUGUGCCUGAUGGCGCUGCUGCAGCUGCUGGGCUCGGCGCCGCGGGGCUCGGGGCUGGCGCACGGCCGCCGCCUCAUCUGCUGGCAGGCGCUGCUGCAGUGCCAGGGGGAGCCGGAGUGCAGCUACGCCUACAACCAGUACGCCGAGGCGUGCGCGCCGGUGCUGGCGCAGCACGGCGGGGGCGACGCGCCCGGGGCCGCCGCCGCCGCCGCAGCUUUCCCGGCCUCGGCCGCCUCCUUUUCGUCGCGCUGGCGCUGCCCGAGCCACUGCAUCUCGGCCCUCAUUCAGCUCAACCACACGCGCCGCGGGCCCGCCCUGGAGGACUGUGACUGCGCGCAGGACGAGAACUGCAAGUCCACCAAGCGCGCCAUUGAGCCGUGCCUGCCCCGGACGAGCGGCGGCGGCGCAGGCGGCCCCGGCGCGGGCGGGGUCAUGGGCUGCACCGAGGCCCGGCGGCGCUGCGACCGCGACAGCCGCUGCAACCUGGCGCUGAGCCGCUACCUGACCUACUGCGGCAAGGUCUUCAACGGGCUGCGCUGCACGGACGAAUGCCGCACCGUCAUUGAGGACAUGCUGGCUAUGCCCAAGGCGGCACUGCUCAACGACUGCGUGUGCGACGGCCUGGAGCGACCCAUCUGCGAGUCGGUCAAGGAGAACAUGGCCCGCUUGUGCUUCGGCGCCGAGCUGGGCAAUGGCCCGGGCAGCAGCGGCUCGGACGGGGGCCUGGACGACUACUAUGAUGAGGACUACGAUGACGAGCAGCGCCCCGGGGGCGCGGGUGGUGAGCAGCCGCUGGACGACGACGACGGCGUCCCGCACCCACCGCGCCCGGGCAGCGGCGCUGCUGCAGCGGGCGGCCGCGGGGACCUACCCUAUGGGCCCGGGCGCAGGAGCAGCGGCGGCGGCGGCCGCUCGGCGCCCCGGGGCGCCUGGACCCCACUUGCCUCCAUGUUGCUGCUGCUGCUGCUCGGGCUGCUCUUUUAGGCCUCGCGCCCCCCGCCGUUGGCUGCGGGAGAGCCUGCGUCCCGCUCCCGUGCUUGCCUCGCCCCCGCGCCGGGGCACCUGUGGCUUGGGGACAGAUAGAGGGGAUGGUUGGGGAUACUUCCCAAAACUUUUUCAAGUCAACUUGGUGUAGCCGGUCCCCCUCGCCACGACUCUGGGCACUUCCCCUGAAGCUCCUCUCCCAAGCUUGACUUCUUGGACCUCCUCCCCCGCCCCAAUUCCAAGCUGCAGAAACUCCCGACUUGUCUGCCGCCCAGAAACCUAGCUGCAGUGUUCAGGACCUCCCGGAGGAAGUGGGCAUAUAGGGGACAUAACAGUAGUCCUGGACUCGAAAGGGAAGGUGCUGACCAGCCUUAGCAAUUCGAAGGGAUGGGAAGGAGCAAUUAUAUUUGCAAAGGGGCUGCCUAUUAGCAUAUUUCCUUUGAGGGGGACAAAAAGUACCAGUAUCGACUUUUAUAGAUUGUGGCCAGUGAGGACGUUAGAAUCCUGUGUAAACAGAAAAGUCCCACUUACCGAUUCAUUCUUUCACUGUUUGUUUCAGCGCCCAGAAUUCUCAGUGACGUGGGGGUGGGGGUGGGCGGCGAUUGCCUUAGAGGGAACCCCUAAAUUGGUUUUGGAUAAGUUUGAGCCUUUGACCUUAAUUUCAUUGCUACCACUCUGAUCUCUUAGCACAUUUCUUAGGAUUAAGGGUCAAAAAAUGCUGAUCUAAGGGGUUGCCAUGGUGUUGAACAAUGCAACUUUUUAUUUAAAAAAGCUCUGCACUGCCAUCUAUGAAAGCCUCUUCAUGAUGUUUGUUUUUUUGCCAUUUUUGUUCUUUACAUCAAGAAAUUGUAUGUUUAAAUAUGCGGAGAAUGUAUAUUGCCUCUGCUCCUAUCAGGGUUGCUAAACCCUGGUACAUCGUAUAUAAAAUGUAUUAAAACUGGGGUUUGUUACCAGUUGCUGUACUUUGUAUAUAGAAUUUUUAUAAAUUGUAUGCUUCAGAAAUAAUUUAUUUUUAAAAAGAAAUUAAAAGUUUUAAACUCACAUCCAUAUUACACCUUUCCCCCCUGAAAUGUAUAGAAUCCAUUUGUCACCAGGAAUCAAAACCCACGGUCCAUUGUGAAGUGUGCUAUAUUUAGAACAGUCUUAAAAUGUACAGUGUAUUUUAUAGAAUUGAAGUUAACAUUCUUAUUUUCAAGAGAAUUUAUGGACGUUGUAGAAAUGUAUAAAUGCAUUUCCAAACUGCCUUAAACAUUGUAUUUUUAUAGACAUUGUUUUUAAAAAAUCCUAAGUUUUUAAAUAACUAUGGAUUUGUGUAUUUUUUGGUUGUUUUAUUAAAACGUGUACAUCAGUAAAGAGUUUUAAACAAUGAA